AUGAAGCACCCUAGAGCAUGUCGCCAAUGCCGAGAGAGCAAGCGGAGAUGCGUCCGCCACAGCCACCAAGUCGGAGAGCCAUGCGAGCCUUGCCAGCGACGAAAGCUAGUGUGUGCCAACUCGCGGACAGUAGGACACUCCCAGUCGCUGCUACCAAAAGCCGACGAGCCGCAGCCACAAGAAGUGAUAGCGGAAUCAACCGCCUCGUCAAAGCCUCCUUGUCCACGCGUGCCGACUCACGUUGCGGUGCGGCUUGUUGACCAUUACUUGGACAAGCUGCACAACCGGCCCCAUAGUCUAUUCCAUCCCGCAAAACUGCGGUUGCAGGUGCGGGACGGCUCGGUCAAUCAGGCGCUGCUGUUGGCCAUCUGCAGCAUGGCUUCGAGGUUUGACGAUGAUGAAGAGAUCCGUUUACUCGAGAACUGUUUGAUGGACGAGUCCAAGCGUAGACUCCUCGCUGAUCUAGAAAACAUUUGCAUCGAAAACAUCCAGACAUGUAUCCUAAUCGCCAAUCUCUAUGCCGCCCAUUUAAAGCCGUCCUCGGAAGCUCUUUUUUUCCGCAUCGCCAUCAGUUUGUUACAGAUUCUGGACUCCGGUGCCUCCCCCGUAGGGACCAAGCUGAUCGAUCUCGAGAUCAAAAGACGAACCUGGUGGACAGUCUUCAUGGCGGAUCGUUGGUCAUCUUCCAGCCUCGGCUUACCACGCCAAAUCGCAGACACUGAGCUUGCGGUCGACCUACCAAUGGAUGAAACCAUCUUCGAGUCCCUGGGUGCCGAGGAAACAAAACUAAAUGUCCCGUGGCAACCAGGCAUUUGGGCUCAUAUGAUUGCACUGGUUCAGAUGUUUGGCCCCAUACAAGAUUUGAAUCGCCGCAGUGUCUACGGAAACAUCACCCUCGAGGAAAUGGAAGCAGGUGUCACCUACCUUUCAAGUCGGCUAGAGAACUGGGAGCAAAUGCUACCAGUCGAUUCCAGAAUGAAUGAGGAGAAUCUGGAACGGCACAUUCAAAGAGGUACUGGCGGAGCAUUCAUCGCGCUUCAUCUCGGAUAUCACCAUUAUGCUACCCUGCUCUACUUUCGGUUUCUCGAGCCCCCGGGGUCAACGUCUCCUCUGGUAGAGAUCUACCACGGAAAGUGCAACUUUCAUGCCCUGUCCUAUAGUCGCCUCGUCAAGCUCGCCCGCCACAAGCAGCGUUGCGAGGUCGUCUACCCUACCGUUGGUCACAUGGCAGUCGUAUCGUCAUCGGUGCUGCUCCACACUCUGUUGUUUGGCGAAGAAAGGGAUCUCCAGAGCGCCCGUGAUGCCCUAAACGCAAACUUUGCCGCCAUUCUGGACCUGCGACGGUACUGGCGGAAUACGGCACCCAUGAUACAUCGGCUUGUCACCUUUCAGAACUUCUGCCUACUUUCCAAUCAUUAUAGGACGCAUAAAUUAGACGGUUGGAUGAUAAGAUUCUUGAUUGAAUAUUCACUACCCUUGGGUGAUAAGGAUAUUGAACCGGUGACACUGGGCCGGGACCUUGACAUUGAUGAGUUCUCGACCCGCACCCAAGUUCUCACCGAACAGGGAAGAUAUACUUCGUUUACGAUCGACGAUGGAUUCUUGGAGGGGUUCGAGUUCGGGUUGUAA